CUACCGUAGAUGUGCGUAACUACAGAUUUGCAAUCCAAAAUACUAUUUUGGCGCUCAGUUUAACCUCAGCGAACACAACCAGAGCUGCGGAAAGAAGUGCGAUUUAACAGACCUACAAGUCAGUGUGUGUAUAUUUGAUUUGUUCUUCUAAGUAAUGGAGUACGGAAAGGAGAGAGUGGUGGCGCUGGUCGACAUGGACUGUUUUUACGUGCAAGUUGAGCAGAGGCUGAAUCCGGCUCUGAAAGGCAAACCCUGUGUUGUGGCCCAGUACAAGACGUGGAAAGGAGGCGGUAUCAUAGCCGUGAGCUACGAGGCCAGGGCCCAUGGUGUCACCAGGAACAUGUGGGUGGACGAUGCAAAAAAACUGUGCCCAGAUCUCCAGGUGGCGCGAGUGCGUGAGUCCCAUGGCAAGGCAGAUCUAACGUUUUACAGGGAGGCCAGCGUGGAGGUGAUUGAGGUGAUGUCUCGCUUUGCCGUGAUUGAGAGAGCCAGUAUUGAUGAGGCCUACAUGGAUCUGACCGCCGCCGUCCACCGGCGGCUAAAAGACAUGAAUGACAAACAGGUAGAGCUUACCCUCCUGAAGACCACAUACAUCCAGGGGUACCCACAAAGUUCAUCGGGAUCUGAACCAUCUGCAGAAGACACAGUUUUAAACAAAGAGGAGCAGAGGUCCAGAGGGCUCCAGGAGUGGCUGGCGUCCUUACCGGCCCCUUUGUCGGGGGAACAGAGUUCUGCAGAGCUGCAGCUAACCGUCGGCGCCGUCAUUGUUGAGGAAAUGAGAGCAGCUGUGGAGAAUCACACAGGUUUCCGGUGUUCAGCAGGGAUAUCACACAACAAGGUUCUGGCCAAACUAGCCUGUGGUCUGAACAAACCCAACAGACAAACUGUUUUGCCUCUGGACUCCGUGACAGAACUGUUCAGCACUCUGCCCGUCGGGAAGAUUCGUAAUCUUGGAGGUAAGAUGGGUGCUUCCAUUACUGAAACCCUGGGGAUAGAGAACAUGGGAGAUCUCACUCAGUUCUCUAAGGCCCAACUGGAACAGCACUUUGGAGAAAAAACAGGGCAGUGGCUGCACGAUUUGUGUCGCGGGAUCGAGUUUGAAGCUGUGAAACCUCGACAGCUUCCGAAGUCCAUCGGCUGCAGUAAAAAUUUUCCUGGGAAGACGUCGCUGGCUAGUAAAGAUCAGGUGCAGUACUGGCUUCAUCAACUGGCCCUUGAGCUGGAGGAGAGACUGACCAAAGACAGAGAAGCAAAUGGUCGAGUGGCUAAGCAGCUGACGGUCGGUGUCCGACAGCUCGGCGAUAAGAGGCCGAGCAGCUUCUCUCGGUGUUGCGCUCUGGUGCGCUACGAGGCGGCCAAAAUAUCCAGUGACAGCUUUGCCAUUAUCAAGAGCCUCAACACGGCAGGGAACCACCAAGCUGCGUGGACUCCGCCGCUCACCCUGCUGCACAUCUCGGCCAGCAAAUUCAACGACACGCAAUCAGGGACAGGGAUUGCCGGCUUCCUUUCCGGCGAUGUUGCUCCCACCCAGAGUCUCCCCUCCACCCAGUCGCCCUCUCAAGUGAAAAGUCAAUCCCUGUCAAAACAACCUGGCAGCAUCCAGUCCUUCUUUCAAAAGGCAACAGAGAAACAAAGAGAGAAGGUUACAAAGAAUGGAGAUGAAGGAGAUGAAGGAGAUGAUGGUGUCGGCUCAACAGGUUUCCCACCACCUUCCUCCGUCCAUGAAACCUCUGCUGUUGAUAACCAGGUGGAGACGGAUCCGACAAACAGCUCAGCCCCCCUGUCCAAAAUAGGUUCAGACAGCCCCCGUACUAGUAUUUCCUCUUUCUUCCACAAGGAAAGCCUUGAAAGAAACUUAAAGGUCCCAGGUUCAGCGAUGAAUAAGCCUGAAACAGGACAAACACACGGUGGACCUGUUGAAGACUGUGUUGCUGUUGCGUCAGGCACACAAGCAAACAAUAACUCAGACUUCACAUCUCACCAGCCGCUAUGCGAAGAGUUAAAAGAUGAACAGGACCUCGAUCCAGAGUUAAAUCCGCAUCCUGCCAACGUCGCUAGAGAAGACCUGUUAAAAUGUGAACGCUGCGGUCAGGACGUGUUGGUCUGGGAAAUGCCUGAACACAAUGACUAUCACUUCGCCAUGGACCUCCAGAAGUCAUUCUCCUCAGCUACAGGUUCGGACACCUUGGCUUCCUCUUUCCCUCCUUCUUCCAGUGGUUCCCAAACAUCUGUCAGAGCAGCAGCGGCCCAGUCCUCCAGAGGCAAAACAAAAACCAGAGGCCAGUCAGGACCUGCGCCGAAAAAACCCCGCUCCCAAGGUGGAAGUGCAGGCACUCUGGAUUCCUUCUUCAAGAGGAACUGAACAUGUGCAAGGACACUGUGAUAUCUUGCUUGUAUUUGCUAAAAGAACCGAAAGCCAUGUCCGCACUAGUUUAGAAUCAUGAAAAUUAUUGGGCUUUUUAUGAUGACAGUGUGUGCAAUUUGAAAAAAGAAAAAUGCUUAUUUAAUCACAUGGUUUUAAUUUAAAAUGGAAUGAAUUUAUGCUUGUUUGCAGAAAAUAUUAAAGAUAUUUUUUAGA